AUGGCGGCGACUGCUACUGCAUCGGCCGCCUUGGCUCAACAGGCAGUGGACCCAGACCUCGAGGACAGCAACGUCUCGAGUCCCCUCACCGAAGUUGACGACAAGGACGAUAACGACGAGGACAUUGACCGCAUGCAAAUUGACGCUGAUGAGGGCGAUAACUCCAGCCUCAGCGGCGACGAGAAUCCGGCCGACGAUGACCCCUCCGACUCCGCCAGCGUCCUCUCCGACGCUAGGUCAGACGCGAAUUCCGACGGCAACGACACUGAGGCCGAAACAGAGCGUCUUUACGACACACCUAGGCAUCAGCGGCAGCGGGAUGUUGUCGUUGAUCAAUACAACCACGGCCAAGUCUUUGAGCACACCCCAAGCAAGCUCCGCCGGACGUCCAAGCCGGACGGCAAAGCCGACGAUGCUGACCAUGAGAACGCUGACCACGAGUCUGUCUCUGGCGACGAAGGAUCGGGUGCCUCAAGCGCUAACGGUGCAGACGAUACUCCUACAAAGAACGUCGACACAACGAAAAUACUCCUUGUCGAGCGCCUCAGUCCUGGCUCGCAGGAUCGUAAGCGCAAACGGUCGCCGGUGGCAGAUCAGCCCCAGAAGAAGAGAAAUGGCUCCGUCGGCGCCGCCUCUAUCGAGGUUCCUCCGCUUAACAUUGAUAAAAAAGCAGCUACCAACGCCAACAGCGCCCUCCAGUCUGACGCAGACGACGAGCACAAUCGUGACACCGGUACUGAGGGAGAAGCACAAGAUCGCUCUUCUCGUUCCUCCCGAUCAUCCCGAAAAAGCACUCGGAAUGGCCUCCGAAGCAAGGACGGUGUCAAGGACGAGGAAGAUGACACUGGUGCCGAAGGCGCCACAGAAACACCCGGCGAGGAGGCUACAGAUCACCACGAGGACGAAGCUGAGCCUGAAAUUGACGACGAAGAUGAGGCCGAUAUCGCGGCGAAAAACCAAGAAGAGAUGGAACGAAAACAGGCUGCGUUCAAGGAAUGGUCUCAUAUAGAGGAAAUGUUUGGCAUCUUCAGAGAUAGACUUUACGCAGAGAAACUCCAACGCGUCGAGGAUGAGGAGCAGUCUCUGCUCGCCGACGUACCGACCCACCGCGAAUAUCUCAAUAUGAAACAAUGCCUCGACAAUCGACUCAAUCAGAAGCUCCAGGAAGUCAAUACCGAGUUUGACUUCCAGCUCAAGGCGAACGAACGAUGGGCCGUGGCACAGCGAGCACAAAUAUGGAGCCAAUUCUUCCAGGCUGUCCGAGAAAAGCGAGAACAAACGCUAGAAAGCAUGAACAAGCAGUGGUACGAUGUACAGACUGCCAGACGAAAUGCCCACCAUCUUCAAGAUUACGGCCUCCUCUUCCCCAAAGACCCCACACAAAGGCUCCGAAAUGCCAUCGCCUACAACAGCGAAGUGUCCACUUUGGCGGGUAUGGCGAAGUUUGAAGGUUUCCCCGCCGGGCCAGAGAUGAAAGGGGCUUCUUCCCUAGAAUUAAAGUCGGAUCUGAGCGCAAUGGAGCGAACUAGACGAGGUCGCCAAAAGCCUAGCACCUUCCAGCAGCGAGAUGACUAUCAAUCACCGAAUAUCAAUCAAAUUGGGCCGGCGGGAGAACAAUUCCUCAAAGAUACACCAUGGGCGAAUCCAAACCACUCUGCUCACAAGGUGGCGCGGCAAGGAGCGGCGCAAGAUGAGAAUCGCGCGGUUCCUCAAGGGCCCAUCUUCCAAAACGAAACACCAUCUUCGUCAUUGAAAUCCCCAGCACUUCCGGCACGGCUCUCAGAAUCACCGGAAAUGUCGCGGCCAAUACUAAAACCCCCACCGCACCAGAUGAAGCGCGUAGCCAGCGUACCGCGCGCCAACAGGACCCCUAAGGCAACUGCUGUCUGA